UUGUUUCGGUAUAUGAAUACAGUUUCAAUGGAACCGCUUUUAGCAUUUUAUAUGUUCGCAUCAUUCAUCAAAUACCCGGUCUUUCAAGCAUUGCUCUAUGAGAAAUCAUGUAUUUCUCGCUACAAGGUACAGGAUGAGACUUACUGUCAGAAUAUCUCGUUGGUACACGAUAACGUAGCAUUGCAACGUGAUGCUAAUCAUCUUUACUUGUUGUCCUCGCUAUGCCUUAUGUUACCGUCAAUACCGCUUUCUCUAAUUCUUGGAUCAUUAAGCGAUGUAUGGGAUGCGAAAAUUCCCGUAAUGGUGCCACUUUUUGGAUUUAUUGUUGGAGACUUAAACUAUGUGUUGCAGUGUGUAUUUUUUAAAGCAGAUCCUCGAUGGUUACUCCUAAGUGAUUUGGCGUCUGGUUUCACUGGCGGAUAUUCAGCACUUUUUGGUUACCAGAAAAUGGCGUUCUUAGAAGGUGCUAUCGGUACUGGUGCUACACUUGGAUUUCUUUUGGCUGGGAUCAUCAGAGAGUUUUUAAAUUUCUAUGGAACAUUCCUACUUAUAAUGGGGCUGCGUAUUCUUUGUAUUAUGUAUGUCAUUGUAUUUGUGAAGAACUUGGACCUAAAAUCGGGAGGUCUGGCGUCGAACAGGACUUAUAUGAAGUUGAUUCUAAAAUUGGAAAUAUCAAAACUGUUCAUUAUAACGGAGUGUCAAAUUUCAGGUGUACUUGACAUCCAAUAUUCAUUCUUUCGUUUCAAGCUUGAAUGGGGUGAUAAAGAAUUUGGUUGGUACAGCGGUAUUGUUUAUGGGCUAAGCACUGCUGCGGUAUUGAUACCAUAUCCGUGGCUCAAAACACUUGGCGUUUAUGACUUAUCUUUAUGUGCCCUUGGAUUGGCUGCGAAAAUUAUAAGUUUAAUAGCCACUGCAUUUGUUUUUUCCAACUGGUUUGCUUUUGCAAUCUCGCCUUUGUCUUCAUUCAACCGAUUUAUUUCAACUGCAUUACGGACGACGGUUUCUCAGGCAGUGGAGUUUUCUGAACAAGGUCGAAUAUUUUCGGUGAUAAGUGUUGCUGAUGGACUGGUUUCGUUGUCCGGUUCAUUAGUUUUUAACUCUAUCUAUCCGUUAACAUUACCCAAAUACCCGUAUUUUUGCUUUGUUUUCAUUGCUGGACUUCUGGUCAUCCCACUGAUUUCAUCAUUAUAUCUUCUGCAUAAAGAUCAGCUUGCAGAAACGAAUUCAUGUUCUGAUAUAGGCAGCAGUUCAAAUGAAAGUAGUGUGUCUACGUAUUUAAUAAAACUUCUGUGUAUUGCUAGGAGUGAAGAACUUGAAGGAAGCUAG